AACAGAUUUAUAAUCACACAUGGCCCUAGAGUUAUAACUUGUUUUUUUAUAUACUGGAAAUAUUUUUAACCAGAAGGAUUUUGAUAAUUGUAUAAAGAAAUGUCAAAUAUUGUAGAUUCAUGGAUUAUACAUUGACAAGUAAAACAUUUGACAUUCAGUGAAUUUUUAUCUUCAUACAUCUACCUGAACAGUGGAAACCUUUGAUACGAACAUCUGUGUCACAUAAACAGUGUGUUUUCUAUAUUUCAUAUUGUACAAUUUGGAUUUUACUUUAACCAUCUAUAUUUAGUGAGAAAAAAUUGAUUUUAGUCUAAAGAUAUUUAGAUUAACAAAGUAACAUCUUUUUACAGCUUAAGUGCCAAAACAGGAUGGAUUUAUUUAAAGUAUUAACAGUAUUAUUAGCUAUCCUGGGACUUUCUGUAGCAUUUUUUGACAAUUCAGCGAACUUGAUAUUAAAAACAACUGAUGUUGGAGGAAAGCAGAUUUUUGAAGGAGAUCCAAAUUUUCUUGACCAUUUUAAAGUGUUAGAUACAAAUGGAGAAUGGAUGUUAUUAGGUGGAAGAAACAAAGUUUACAAUCUGAGUAUGAACACCUUAACUGAAGAAUUGCAGAGAAUUGAAUGGGAUCCAAGGCAGUAUGAUAAAGACUAUUGUUUAAUGAGGAGAAAUUCAGAGGACCAAUGUCAGAACUACAUUAGAUUAUAUGGAAAGAAGGACAAUGGUGAUGUCUACAUCUGUGGGACUAAUGCAUUUAAACCAAGGUGUCGAGUUUACAAAAAACAACCGGACAAUUCCUUCGAGAUGGUGACGGAGGAAGACGGUGUCGGUAAAAGUCCCUUUGAUCCAAUGCAGAAUAGUACAGCAGUUUAUACAGAUGGUAUGUUGUUUUCUGGGACAGUCGCAGAUGCAUCAGAAAGAGAUCCAUUAAUCCUAAAAAUACACCAGGGUUCAAUGGUACGAACAGUGCAACAUGACUCCAAGGUAGUCAAUGAUCCAGACUUCGUGAGUUCAUUUGACAUUGGGGAUAAAGUUUACUUUUUCUUUAGAGAAACUGCUGUAGAACAUAUCAACUGUGGAAAGGCUGUGUUUUCACGAGUGGCUCGAGUUUGUAAAAAUGACAAGGGAGGUAACUACCUGAUGAAGAACUUAUGGACAUCAUUUUUCAAGGCAAGACUGAACUGUUCAAUACCAGGGGAAUAUCCUUUCCAUUUUGACCUGAUACAAUCAACAUCUGACCUUGGACAGGGAAAUCCUAUGUCUACAACUCAUAGUGCUAAUAGAACAGACAUGGUAUAUGCUGUUUUCCAAACACAUCCUAACAGUGUACGAGGUUCAGCUGUUUGUGCAUUCCGCUAUUCUGACAUUGUCAAAACAUUCCAAGGAAAGUUCAAAGGACAAUCAUCUCCAUCCCACAACUGGUUGGCUGUUCCACAACAAGAGACACCAGUACCACACCCAGAGCAGUGUUCAAACGAUACUCAUCAGUUAGGAGAUAAGGCGUUGAAUUUCAUCAAGAGUCAUACAUUAAUGGAUAAAGCUGUACCUGCUGCUGGUGGCGCCCCCAUUGUUACAAUGCAUGGAAUUAAUGCCCUGUUUACAGCUUUAGCUGUUGAUUGGCAGGUCCAUGCAGCAGACAGAAGAUACUAUGACAUCAUCUUCAUAGGCACAGAUGACGGAAGAGUUCUGAAGUCAAUAAAUAAAGGACAUGGAGCCAAGGUUGAGUCUGUUAUCAUUGAAGAUAUACAAGUUUUUGAGAACAAAGCACCAGUUACAAGCAUGAAAAUUUUCAACAAGAAGGGUGUGAAGAAACUUAUUGUUUUGUCUAACUCAAAUGUAGCCUCUAUCCCACUCCAAAGAUGUGCACAGAUGAAAAAAUGUAGAACUUGUAUUGGACUGCAGGACCCAUACUGCUCUUGGAGUAAUAACGAAUGUGUCGCCAGCGACCGAGGCUUUGAGGGCAUUCUUACAGGUCAUCACGAGAAUUGUGGCGUUGAAGACACCACAACUGCAACUACCAAGUCAACCAUUACCACUACAUUAGCCCCUCCCACAACUAGUCAGAAGCCUUGCGAGUGCAAGUGUGAACCCCCCAAAAAGGAUGGUCUACAGUCAGAACACAAUGUUCCAGACAAUUCUGAAGAAAAUGUUCCUAGAAAAGAAGAAAUGACAGAGAAAAAAGAAUCCUCAAUUUCUGUAGCCGAGUCUGCAAUUGGAAUUGUUUGUGCUAUAGUAUUGUCUUCAAUCUUCAGUUUCAUUGCUGGUUACAAAGUACAUUCCUGUAGAAAGAGAGAUCACAUGACUGCAAACCCAGGAGAAAUUUAUGGCACUCUAACGAAAAAUCAUACAAAUAAACUUGUGGACAAUAAAGAACCACGAUAUGUUAAUCAUUCUGACCUUGAGCGUAAUAACUCAGUAAAACAAUUAAAUUUACUUGUGAACAUUCAGCCGAAGGGCUCAAACCUUCCCAAUGGAGGGGCACCUGCAAAGACAGUAGUUAACUUAACGCAACCACUUCCUGACCGAACAUACGUAUAGUAUUCUUGUGUAUUUAUAGGAUUUUUUAAUUGUUCUUUAUUACACACAUAGUGCUGUGAUACUAAACGUCAUGUUCCAAGUAAUUCCGGGACCAGGGAAAAACGGCCAGUUCAUGAACUAUUUAAAGCCUAAACAUGGAACCAAUUACUGACUGUGUUCAUUAAUUGUGAUACAGAGACUGAACUACACAUUCCAAAUGUUUUACUGCCAGAUUUUAUAGUGCUAUCAAUUUGUACAUACACUUGUACAUAAUAUGUACAUACAGAUCAGGAUGCCAAAAAACAAGUCAUUAAUGGAAUGACGUAAAAUAUGGAUUGAACUUUCGAGGACAUCCAACAAUCAUAUCUAUGAGUUAAUAAAAUUGUGCAAAUCAAUGACACAUGGGCCAAAAAAAAUGAGGACAAUAUGAUAUAAAGUAAGGAGAUAAUGUUGCCAAAGAUAAACUAGAUCCUGUGAUGUUAUAUGAAACUUGGAUUGGAAGAUGUUUUUAUAUCUAGAACAAUGAUAUGCAAAACCUUCCAAUUGAAAAAAAAACAAACUAAUGUUCGAUUACAUAUAAUUUAUAGGGCAGCAGUUGCUAUGUAAAGUGAAAAUGUAGAUAAAUUUUAUAUAUAUAUAUAGAAAGGCAGUUUUUUUUCUGUUUUAAACAAAAGCUAGUUCUUUUAACGAACCUUUGCCUGUUUAAAAGAUAAAGAAGCAAACAAAAAAUCGGAUACUUACAGGAUAAUGGCCAAGCAAAGAUGGACAAAAUAAACAAAACUAAUGGUACAUUGAAGUUUUCAAUUAUACUCAAAGAAAAGCCAUUUAAUCUAUAUAAAUGAUCUCGUAGAAAAGGCAUACAAGUUUCCUAAAUCACAAUUUGUCAUGAUGACAAUAAAACAAGUUUCUGGUGUGAUCAGAUUAACAUAAAAAGGGAUAGACCCCCAAAAAAAAGAGUAAUUUCCCUUGGUUUGAACGACUGUGCCUGAUUAGAUGAUUUUGUUAGCUUAUUGUAGAAUUAGUAUAAGUAGAUUAAAAAAAAUUGAUUGUAUAUAUCUUUUACUAAAUUCACUUCAGCAGCAAAAUUAGCAGUCCAACUUCAGAAACAGCAAAUUUUGAUAAAAUUUAAACCCCCAAACUGAACAUUUACGGUGACAAUUUCUACAUUCAACAGGGGAUGAAAGCAAAGACAAUUUAAAAAUAAUGAAAUUUCCCUUAAACUUUUUUUGUUCUGUUAUAUGAUAGAUAUACUGGGUGUAGAAAAAGCUAAUGAUCUCAACACAUUAUUAUCAUUAAAUGCAUUCUACACUUUGUGUUGCUCAAAGGACCUGGAGUGUGAAACAUCUGUGGAAGAUAUUGCAGGAGCUAAAGAAUUAGAAAAUAGAAAAAAAAAAAAAAAAAAGAAAAAAAGAAAUAUAAUUAAAUAAUAACCCAAAGAAGCAAAGUAGAGAGUCUCUAAUCAGGCAAACAGAUUUUGAUUUAUUAACAUUAAGGAAACUUGUUGCCAUGUUUGUAAAUAUGUAUAUUUUUAAAAAGAAAACUGCCAGUGAAUGUUUUCAUCACAUGUAUAUGUAAUAUACAAUACACCUUGAUCAUAUAUAAUAUGUUAUGCAUUGUUUCAUCUGUUAACAGAAUUUUAUGUAUUGUUUUUUCAUAUGUUGACAUGGCUUUAGUUUACUGAUUUUCACCUCCAAUGGUAAAGGCCAAACUUAAACUUUUAACAUUAUUUUCAAAAUCAAGUUACCAGUAAAUAUACAAACAAAAUGAUAAAGAUUUACAAAAUUAAAUUUAAUGGAAAACAAAGUAAAUAUAUUUAUGAAAAGAAAGAAAACGAUAUGAUAAAAUGAAAGGUUGUGAUGUAAGGGAAAUCAGUGAAUUAAUAAGCUUUUGACAAUUUGGUUGUCAAAUUAUAUUAAUAGACUUAUAAAGAUGUGUAUAUUUUCAUUCUGAGUUAUUUAAUUAUAUUUAUUAAAAAGGAAAGCUUUUGUCAAAUAUUUUACCAAAAGAUUUUAGAAGAGGUCUUAUAAAUGUUCAGUGUCUUAUGGUACAACAUUCAAGCAUUGAUAUUAACAUACAAUUUUAAAGACACUGAUAUAUUUUAUGGUAAUUUUGCAUAGACUUCUAUUUAAGGUAUUCUCAUGUAUAAGUAAUUGUUUAUUCCCAGUUAUUUUCCACUAACUGACAAGAGUUAAGAUAUAGUUGAAAAAUAUAGUGUUUUGUUUCAUUAAAGUGAAAUAUUUAUCUACUUAAUUUAUUGGCAGACUUGGAAUUAAUUUCCCACCUUAUAGCAGUCAUCCAGUUUCACAUGUAAUCAUCUAUAUUACAUAGAAUCACGCUCAGUUAAAACUUUUGCACGUCUAUUCAGUAUACAUCACGAUUUGUUAGUUUCAAAUAUUGUUAAUAAGAUUAAACUUGGUUUCAUCUCAUCAAUUCUUCAUUAAUUCAAAACAAAUUUAUAAUUCUCCUUUUUGAACAUAGGUAGACUACUGUCGCCUCACUUUUUUCAUAUUUAUAAACAUAUGACAGGAAUUUGAAAUUUGGGAAAUUCUAUUUCACAAGUGUUUGGAUGUAUAAAAAACAACUGUAUUUUUCCCAUUGCUUCCAAUUUAUGGAAAUAUGGAAUAUCAUUUUAAAGUCUAAUUGAUAUUUUAAAUAAAAAUAUUUUUUCUUAAAACUAAAUAUGCUAGAAAUUUGUAACCAGAGAAUAUUUUAUAAAAUUAAUAAUAUUUUUAUUGAACAAUUUUUGAUUCUAACUACCAAACUUGUAAGAUAAACAGGUUUCUAAACUUUUUUAUUUUUAAAUUUUAUCCUGGGGCUACAUUUUUAAUAUCCUGUUUUUAAAAGGGAAUUCUUUCAUAAUAUAAGAGAAAUUUUUUUUUUUUAAUCUAUUUACAUUUUGUAAUAUUUCAACUUGAAGUUGAAACAUUUCAUUUGAUAAAGUCAUAUAUUCCAUGCAGUAUCAUAUCAUUUAUUGUUAUAGUCAUGGAAACUUGUUAUGAACGUUUUAUUUUUAUAUAUAUAAUGUAAAUGCUUGUUCCGUUGUUGAAAAUUUUAUUGUUUUUUUGUAUAACAGUAUUUACACAAGUUUCAAGAAAUGAAGAAAAGAGUGACAAAGUUUACAGAUUGUGUAACUAAAUAAAAAUCUUUUUUUUUUAUAUUUUUUAUUUAAGUGCACAACAUAAAGAAUGUAUUUCACACGUUAACUGUAAAAUAUUUUUGGCCAGUAUCUUAAGAAUUUGAUUUCAAACAUUGCUAAUGGAGGCAAUUUCUGAACAACCAUGUUGUAAUAAUUUAAAGAAAUGAAUUUUCCUAGAUGCUUUAACUACAUCAAGAAUGGUUAUUUUGAAAAUUCUGCAUGUGUAUUAAAUUGCAAAGAGUUAUCUAUCCUGACAUUUGGAGUGAACAGUUGCAGGAAGUUCUGUGUUUUUUCUAAAUCAGAUUUAUUCUUUCUUUCAUUUCUUGGUAGUUUUGGUUUAAGACAAAGAGUUGUUAUACCAUUUGCUUUAUCAUCAUGAAUUUAGACUUGUCUUAAACAAAUAUAUAUAUAUUAUGUAUUAUAUUAUGGUACCAACAGAAAGUUAAAAAUGAAUGAAAAAAGAAUUUAAAAAAUAUUAAAAAUAAUAAUAAAACAA